AUGGAUUCAACCGAAUCUCGCCUGCGCAGGCCUUCGAAUGAUGAAACUAGCCAGCUUUUGAAGCAUUCGAGUAAACCUCCCACCGAGCCAGGACUCAAACAUGGCAUUACCAUGCAGAUACUCCGAUCGCUUCUGCUUGCUGCUUGGUUCAACGGAUGCUGUAUCGUCGUCUUCGUGACCCAACUGAUCGGCUCCCCGCUAUACUUGAUCAACAAGAAUUUCUUCUACUCUUACAUGGCCUAUACAAAACAGUGCUUCGGAUUGAUGAUAACAGCCCUCACCCAAUGGGGUGCUCCGACUCUGUGUCGAGUCAGCGGCGACGAGAGUGUACGAGGUCAGCUCCAUCUGUCGGAAGAUGGCCUGCUACAGACCACUUUUCCAGAACGUAUAGUCGUGAUCGCAAAUCACCAGGUCUACACCGACUGGAUCUAUCUGUGGUGGAUUGCAUACACCAAUGUUAUGCACGGUCGUAUUUACAUCAUUUUGAAGGAGUCGCUCAAAUACAUCCCGGUCAUUGGCCAGGGCAUGAUGUUCUACGGGUUUAUCUUCAUGGCCCGGAAAUGGCAAUCGGACAAGCCUCGGCUCCAGUAUCGUCUAGAGAAGCUCAAAGGCCAACACAGUGGCUCACACUCUGGCAAGCCACAAUAUGAUCCAAUGUGGCUGCUGAUCUUUCCGGAGGGCACCAAUCUCUCAAUGAACACCAAACGCAAGAGCGAUGCAUUCGGUGCAAAGCAACACCUCGCUUCCUUCAAGCACAUGAUCCUUCCUCGAUCGACCGGGCUAUUCUUCUGUCUACAACAAUUGCGAGGCACCGUAGACUGGAUCUACGACUCUACUAUUGCUUAUGAAGGCCCUCCGUAA